UAUGUAUGACGCCUCCAGUCACCAGUAUAGUGCAUGCUGACUUCUCCAUUAGUUUCCAGAAGAGUCUGUGCACUGAACAUUCCAGGACAAUGUGCUGCUCCACCACUGUGGAUGAGCCCCAUGGCACCUGCCCAGCCCCACCUCAGCCCAUCUUGACAAAGUCUUAGGCUCCAUGGAGCCACCACGAGGCCCCCCUGCCAACGGGGCUGAGCCAUCCCGGGCAGUGGGCACUGUCAAAGUGUACCUGCCCAACAAGCAACGUACAGUGGUGACUGUCCGGGAUGGCAUGAGUGUCUACGAUUCUUUAGACAAGGCCCUCAAGGUGCGAGGCCUCAAUCAGGACUGCUGUGUGGUCUACAGACUCAUCAAAGGGCGAAAGACAGUCACUUCCUGGGACACAGCUAUUGCACCCCUGGAUGGUGAGGAACUCAUUGUGGAGGUCCUGGAAGAUGUACCGCUGACCAUGCACAACUUUCAGGUACGGAAGACAUUCUUCAGCUUGGCCUUCUGUGACUUCUGCCUUAAGUUUCUGUUCCACGGCUUCCGCUGCCAAACCUGUGGCUACAAGUUCCACCAGCAUUGUUCCUCCAAAGUCCCCACAGUCUGCGUUGACAUGAGUACCAACCGACGACAGUACUAUCACAGCAUCCAGGAUUUGUCUGGCGGCUCCAGACAGCAGGAGGCUCCCUCAAACCGCUCCCUGAAUGAACUGCUUACCCCCCAGGAACCCAGCCCUUGCACCCAGCACUGCAGCCGUGACCCAGAGCACUUCCCCUUCCCUGUCCCAGCCAAUGCCCCCCUGCAGCGCAUCCGAUCCACAUCUACUCCCAAUGUCCACAUGGUCAGCACCACAGCCCCCAUGGACUCCAGCCUCUUUCAGCUCACGGCCCAGAGCUUCGGCACUGAUGUUGUUAGUAGAAGUGGUGGUGAUGGAGCCCUCCGGGGGAGCCCCAGCCCAGCCAGUGUGUCCUCGGGGAGAAAGUCCCCACAUUCCAAGUCACCUUCAGAGCAGAGGGAACGAAAGUCUUUGGUGGAUGAAAAGAAGAAAGUGAAGAACCUGGGAUAUCGAGACUCAGGCUAUUACUGGGAGGUGCCACCCAGUGAGGUACAGCUGCUGAAGAGGAUUGGGACAGGCUCAUUUGGCACUGUGUUUCGGGGGCGGUGGCAUGGCGAUGUGGCUGUGAAGGUGCUCAAGGUGGCCCAACCCACUGCCGAGCAGGCCCAGGCCUUCAAAAACGAGAUGCAGGUGCUCAGGAAGACACGACAUGUCAACAUCUUGCUGUUCAUGGGUUUCAUGACGCGGCCAGGGUUUGCCAUCAUCACCCAGUGGUGUGAGGGCUCCAGCCUCUACCACCACUUGCAUGUGGCUGACACACGCUUUGAUAUGGUGCAGCUCAUCGACGUGGCCCGCCAGACUGCCCAGGGCAUGGACUACCUCCAUGCCAAGAAUAUUAUCCACCGAGAUCUCAAGUCCAACAACAUCUUCCUACAUGAGGGACUCACAGUGAAGAUUGGUGACUUCGGCCUAGCCACAGUGAAGACACGGUGGAGUGGGGCCCAGCCCUUGGAGCAGCCCUCAGGUUCCGUGCUAUGGAUGGCAGCUGAGGUGAUCCGUAUGCAGGACCCGAACCCUUACAGCUUCCAGUCAGACGUCUAUGCCUAUGGGGUCGUCCUUUAUGAGCUCAUGACCGGCUCACUGCCUUAUAGCCACAUUGGCAGCCGUGACCAGAUCAUCUUUAUGGUGGGCCGUGGCUAUCUGUCUCCAGACCUCAGCAAAAUCUCCAGUAACUGUCCCAAGGCCAUGCGGCGCCUGCUAUCUGACUGCCUCAAGUUCCAGCGGGAGGAGCGGCCUCUCUUUCCCCAGAUCCUGGCCACAAUUGAGCUGCUGCAACGGUCACUCCCCAAGAUUGAGCGGAGUGCGUCUGAACCCUCCUUGCACCGCACCCAGGCUGAUGAGCUGCCUGCCUGCCUUCUCAGUGCAGCCCGCCUUGUGCCUUAGGCCCGAUCCCCAACUACCAGGGAGCCAAUCUCAGUUUGCCAUGCCAAGGAGCUCUUGCCCACCAGCCAAUCAAUGUUCCAUAUCUGCCUUGAUACUGCCUCAGGAUCCCUCCUCUUCCACUCUGGGAGAUGUGUUCUUCCAAUUUCCCUGGAAUUGGGGGGACCCUCCAAAGACUGAGAUUCCCUGAUUCCUCCAUAACUUUGUUUCCUCUUGGCAUUGGGGAUACUUCUAAUUUGGGAAGCUCUUCCAUCUCCAGUGGCUGGGAUUUGUGGCAAAAACCUCUCUGGGAUUUGUACCUGAUGUGCCUUCACUGGAUUUUGGGGUCCCCAGCACCCCAUAUGGAUUUGGGGAGUCCCCUAUGUCUCCCCCACCAUCCAUGGACUUUCUUCUUUAUCAAGAAGCACAGAAUUCUGCUGGGCCUUUGCUUGUU